CUUCUCUCUCCCCUCCUUCCUCUCCCAAGAAAUGGCUACCCCUUCUGAUGACAUCUUGUCUUGGACCAACCAGGACCCCCGCGAAAGUCAGUUGUUCAACUCCUGGGGCGUCCUAUAUCGAUUUCAGACUACCGUAAGUCCUAACGGACAGAGCGUAACCACGCUCUGGCGGUCCAUCCGAACGAACAAGGAAGACCGCGUCGCCAAACUCGAGUGGGCCGCCAACGGUGGUCUUGGUCGAAUAGUCAUCGGUAAAAACACUCUGCCGAUGUCCGACCUUGUUCUGGCGGACCCACGCAUAUACGGUUCUCGCGUUUUCAAUGGUCCAGAUGGUCAGCAAUACCGGUGGCGCCCUAGUACUACCAGCUCGGACAUCGUGCUCCAAGAUGCAAAUGGCGCCGUUAUUGCCUUCUUCCGCUCUACACAUCCAACACGGUACCAGAUCGGCGAUGUGUAUUGUGAACUGCACUUUAUACGGACGGCAGGGUCAGGAACAGUGAUGCACCCACCAAUCAUGGACAUGGUCACUGUGACUGCUAUGCUCUACCGCUUCUGCGCGAUGUUCAACCUGAAGUAGCAGCCAGACAUGAAAUACGCAAGGAGUGUUUAGUUCCAAUAUCCCUUUAGGUUCAUGAACAGUGUACCAUAUUCUAUGUUCGACAGUUUUGCAUAAUUUAUGAUUUUCAGACAAA